ACUCCUUUCAGCCCCAUAUCCAAUCGCUGUCCAGAUCCUGCUGCCUCCAUUUUUACCUCUAAGCAGACUAUUGUCCCUUCAGUCCAUCAUGAAUGCUACUGCCAGACUCAUCCACUUUAUCAAUUGCUCAGUGUCCUCCACCUAUCUCUGCUGAUCUCUCUAUUGGCCUCCGCUCAGUGUCCUCCAACCGCUCUUGGCCAAUCCCUCCACUGGCCUCCACUUAGUGUCCUCCACCGCUCUCUGCCAAUCCCUUCACUGGCCAACACUCAGUGUCCUCCACCCCUCUCUGCCAAUCUCUCCACUGACCACCACUCUGUGUCCUCAACCCCUCGAUACUAAUCCCUCCACUGACCUCCACUCAGUGUUCUCCACCCCUCUCUGCCAAUCCCUCCACUCAGUGUCCUCCACCCCUCUCUGCCAAUCCCU